AUGGAACCAUCAACGAACGAAGAAAAACAAGAAAUGCAGAAUAAGCCAUAUCGAGAGUUCAUUGGAGGGCUCAUCUACUUGGCAAACGCAACAAGGCCGGAUAUUGCGUAUGCAGCCGCUUUAUUGAGCCGAUUUACUUCGAAUCCUGGUAAAGCUCACUGGGAUUGUGCAAAACGCGUUCUUAGAUACUUGAAUACUACUUCUAGUUACAAAAUAGAGUACAACAAAGACGAUGAAAAAUUAAUAGCGUAUUCUGACUCUGAUUGGGCCGCUGACAUCGAUGAUCGGAGAUCAUGUACUGGAAAUUUAUUAAUUUUAGCAGGUGGACCAGUGAGCUGGAAAUCUAAAAAACAGUCUUCAGUUUCAUUGUCUACAAUGGAAGCAGAAUAUGUUGCAUUGUCAGAAAUAUGUAGAGAAGUGAUGUUUAUGAUACGACUAAUGGACUGUAUGGACUAUGUAGAAACUCCAGUAACAGUGUUUUGCGAUAAUCAAACUGCUAUAGAACUAAGUAAAAAUGCGAUGUAUCAUAAGAGAAGUAAACAUAUAGGCAUUAGUUUCCAUUACACGUGA